UUUUUGCGUUAUAUUGCAGAAGAUGUAUCCGGUUUAAAUUUUCCCCCUGGCCUGUGAUGUUUUGAGUGACCUUGUCCUUAACAAACUUCUUUGACAGGAAUCUAGGGAAUCAACAUGUGGAUGUAUUUUCUUUGACUGUCCAUGGAUAAGGGUAGUUAUGUUUAAGCCCCCACCCCGGGCUUUUGACGUAUUUUUAAAGAAAUUCCUAAUUGCCGUUUCAGUACCGUAUUUGGGUUACACUUUUUACAAACUACACCAAGUGAUUGAAGUCAGAAAAGAAAGAAGACGACUAAAAGAAAUAGCAGAGAAUGGAGAAUCGCAACUUAAAGUUCCAAGAACAGAAGAUUUUAGAGACCGAAUUAACCAGCUUGAAGAAAGGAGCAAGAGUAUACCAGCAACAGCAAAACAGUAAUGUUUUCUUCUUGUCAAAGAGAGAGGACAUCCUAAAGGAAAGCAAGCAAACUUUGGAAAAUCUUUGCAAAGAGUACAAGUCUCUGGAAAAAUCUGAAGAAGAGAGCACCUCAAAUGUCGAAUCUGAGAUAGGCACAGAAAGCACCUCAAAUAUCGAGCCUGAGAUGGACAAAGGAAACUAAGACUAUUCUGUUGAUUUUACAUUUGACAUUUUAUAAAUUAUUCAUUGAAAUCAUGAAAUGUACAUAUCGUGCUCAUCAAAGAAUUCAUUCAGAAAUACAGUGUAUACCCGAUGUCUUUACUACAUAGUUUUAUAUCAUGCUGGGUCUUUAGUUAUCCAGAUUAAAGAUGCCAAAGUUUG